AAUAGCGCCCUUGUACUUGUGAAAAGGUCAAGCGAUCGACUGAGACACUAUGGCCCCAAAGUUCAGGGUCAGACCUAGACGAGAACAAAUCGUCGUGCCCUGCACACCGGAACUCACCUCGCUACUAGCAUGUUUCGCAACCUCGGGUGACCUACAACACAAGGCAGAAUGUUCUGCCGCAGCCAAAAACCUGCACAAAUGUAUGGAGACUCGGCCGAAGAGCGGAAAAGGAAGGAAGAGCGAGAUCAAUGCUCUGCUCUCCAAGAUCAAGUAGAGCAUGUGGAAGUGGAAACGACGAGAGCAUAGAAGCAGGACGUCGAGAACGGGAUUUGAAGCACGGCAUAGCGACAUUUAGGGGCGGGUACACCUCUUGUAGACCUCCAUGUAUCAACAUCAAUCAAACGGAUCAGAGGACUGUAUUCAGGCAUAUGGUUG